AUGCCUUUUGGAAGCACUAGCAAGCUAGCACUCUGCACUCGAGUAUCCUAUGAAGAGCGUGAAAAGAAGUGCAGACAAUUCAUUAAAGAUAAAAAUGCUGACAGAAGUGAACAAGUACCCCCUGAGCCCCCUUUGGAACCAUUUACUAGAUCUUCGUACAAUAUUGAUUUGUUAAAGAAUUAUGUUAUUUAUCGCUCUCUUACCGGAAUAGGUAGAGUUGAAGACAAGAUUCAGCUUGGUACAAUGAUUAGAGAAUUCACACAUUUAGUUGGUCUCGAAGCGUCAAUUUCUGGCAGCAUCACUUUCGAAUUUCAAGUGGUAGCCGUUUUGUUGAUCGUUCUUUAUUCCGGUGCAAGACCUUCAAGUCUAUCUAACUCUGUCAAGCAUGAUGAUGCAAACAUGUACAGAUCUGGAGACAAGGAAGAGAUGAACGUGGCUACAAAAUCAACGUGGUCAUUCAAUUGCCGCAUCUUAAAGGUCAAGGCAAGUACUUUUCCGAAAGCAAUCGAACAUUCAAAAAAAACCUUCACUUCGGCUGUCGCUGAUGGGGUUGAUUACGAACAGUGGUACCAGGGUAAUCUAUCUUUACUUGAACUCGAAGAGGAUAGGUCAGAGGAACCUGUUUUUAUAAACAGUUUGUUCAGCGAAAAGGUCUCCCCUUGGACGAGUGACAGUGUCGAGCACACCACAUCCCGAAGAAUAGCCAAUUCUGGUCUCCACAGUGAAGUAGUUCAAGGCCAUACCAUUGAUCCACUUUUAAACCCUGCGAUGUUCCAUAUUAAGGAUAUUAGCCGUUGCAAAUUAACAGAUGGAGAGAUGCGUGAAGGUGUCGAUGGCGAUGAAAGGGUGACAGAUCUUUUUAAUACAAGAACCGAGUUUAUCAAAGAGUUGAACAAAAAUAAUUGCAGUAACAACUUUAAAUAUCAGCAUUCAUUUGAUGUGCAGUUCCAAUUAAAUUCUCGGUGGGCAUGA